UUUCCCUUUUGUUCUCUUCAACCGCCAACGAGAUUUCUCGCGGGGGAGAGGGCGGUUUCCAGGACGCAAAUCUCCGCCCGUGCGCGCGUCCCCAGGCUCUCGGGCACCUUCCCGGGUCCGCGCACAGGUUGCGCCACCUGGCCUUGACCCUGGCCUCGGCCCCUGCGGCCCCGCACCAGUUCCGGCGGACGCACCUGCAGGUCAACUCGCAGAUGAGUCGCUGAGGCGCCCGCGGCCGGCCGAGAAGCCCCGCGCGCCAUGCACUCUCAGCCGGACUGGCCCCCGGUGCCCGGCGCCCUCAGGCCCUCGCCCUUCCCGCACCCUGUGCUGCACGCCCUCCACGGCCUCGCCCGCGCGCUGCUCUUCCCCGCCUACUGGGCCCUGGACCAGCUGCUGGGAUGCUGGGCUCCACGGGUGCGCCCCACCUGCCUGGACGGGCUGCGCCUGGCCGUGUGGGCCGGGGCGGCAGUCCUGCUGCUGGUGGUGCUCGGCCUGCCCCUGGCGCUGCCAGGCCUGCUGCUCUGGCUGCCGUUGCAGGCCUGGCGCCGCCCCUUCUGCUACCAGCCCCCUCCGCCAGGCUGGGCGCCCCCCGCGCCCUGGCGCCCCCCGGCGGAGCCCGCGCGCUGCUUCGGCUUUCUCAGCGCCAACCUGUGCCUGCUCCCCGACGGGCUGGCGCGCUUCAGCAACUUGCAGCACACCCAGCGGCGAGCGGACGUCGCGGGCGCCUUGCUGCUCGCCGGCCUCCGCUCCUCGCCCUCGCGCUACGGGGCCACGGGCUGCAGCCCGCCCGAGCCGGGGGCGCCCUGCGGGGUGCUGACGGCUGCCCUGCCGGAGGGCCUGGACUUCGUGUGCCUGCAGGAGGUGUUCGACCUGCGCGCGGCGCGCCCCCUGGUGAGCCGCCUGGCACCCAACCUGGGCCCAGUGCUGCAUGACGUGGGUACGUUCGGCCUGCAGCCUGGGCCGCACCUCAAAGUGCUGGGCAGCGGGCUGCUGCUGGCCUCGCGCUACCCGCUGCUGCGCGCCGCCUUCCGGGCCUUCCCCCAGGCUCGCCGCGAGGACGCGCUGGCCUCCAAGGGCCUUCUUUCUGCACAGGCGCAGGUGGGCAUCCUGAACGGGCGCCGCAUCGUGGGCUUCCUGCACUGCACGCACUUGCAUGCCCCGAGUGGGGACGGACAUUUGCGCUGUCAACAGCUGACGCAGCUGUUGAACUGGGCCGAGCAGUUUGAGGCCGAGAGCCGCCCCAGCGAUGAAACCGUGGCCUUCAGCGUGCUCCUGGGGGACCUGAACUUUGACAACUGCUGCAGAAGUGACGCGCGGGAACAGGAGCACCCCCUCUUCAGCCGCUUCCGGGACCCCUGCCGGCUGGACACCCGCCGGGAGCAGCCGUGGGCCCUGGGAACGAUGUUGCGCACAUCCAGGCUCCGCCACUCCGUGGCCUGCUCCCCAGAGAUGCUGCGGAGGGCCCUGGAGCAGGAGGAAGGUCGCCACCGCUACCUGGCAGGCCCUCCUCACGGCGGCCCCCGGGCGAAGCCCUGGCGGGGCCGGCGCCUGGAUUACAUCACCUACCGGGGAGUGCCCAGCGGCCCGCUGAGCCCAGAAGCAGAACAGGUGACAUUCAGCACCGCCCUGGCAGGGCUCACUGACCACCUGGCCGUGGGACUUCGGCUCCGAGUUUCGAUGCACGUAGGCACCGGCAACAGCCGCGAGGCCCGGGGAAAGAUGGGCGCGGAGGCAAAGCGUGAGCCGGGCGGGCCGCAGCGGCGGGAGCAGGACGAUUGAGUGGCUCUUUAUUGCGGGGCCUCCCUCACAC